AUGUAUGCAACCAAGCGAGCCUUUUCAUCUUCUUCCGAAAGCGAAAACCCAGUCAGCAGAAACAAACUUUCAAAAAGUCAUCGUGUACGAAGCUGGGUACUUGUUAUCACUUUUACCUUGUUGAUACUGUAUAUAAUCGUAUUUUUUGAAUUGUUCAGGAAGGUAGCAAAACAAAGUGUCGUUCCCGAUCAGGAUCCGAAGUUGCUGAGACAUUACGAAUACGAGGAUGCAUCGAGCAUAGAGCAAGCAAAACAGGAAUUAAAAACUGACAUUGGAGGUGCACAGAAAUCUUCAUCAUCAUGGGCUCUGAAGACCUUAGGAAACAAUGAUUUAUUGAUCACAAACUUACUGGGAGAAACAGUUAAUCAAAACAUCUUGAGCAAAACUUUCAUAAAGACAGAUAAAAAUGUGGAGUUUUCCAUUUUUCAGAGCUGUUUGGAAGACAGAUUCAACAUGCCAGAACAAACAUUGGUAACCGAGAAACUGCAGGGUAUUGAUGUCAGCAAUGAAAUGAUCAAUGGCAAGUAUUUCGUGGUAUGGAACACGUUUGGGCACAAACAUCCAAAUGGUCCAAUUUAUAGUGCAGGAACAUCACUGAUCAACAAGUCUACUCAAAAAUUGAGAGUUGUAGCACUCAAAUGGUCACUCAAUUACGACGAUUUAACAGAAAAUGAGCAUGUUGAAGGUGAUAUUUGUCUAGUGAGGAAAUCAAAGGGAGAAAGCGAAGUUUCAAGCGGAUCUGAGGUGUAUUGUGUGCAUGAAAUGGUAAGACAACCCACAAAACACAUUCACACAUCACGAAAUGAUGAAAUGACAUGGUUGGAUUCAGGUGUUGAGGUAAAACCCAAUUUCAUUGUUAGGUUGAAUAGUGUCACUGAAUGUAAAGGACAUCCUCGUGGGUUCCAUGACAAAAACUGGACAAGAAUUGAUGGUCAGUUGAUUAUCCUUACAGAAAAGGGAGUUAAUUAUUGCAUGCAAAAAUACCAAAAAGAACAUCAAAACAUUUCUGAAGAAGAGGUGAACAAAAGAAUGGCACCACUUGUGAGUGUUCGUUCUCCUAUCCACGACCGAUCAUUUGUCGUGACACCUUUUCCUGCAUACGGUCCUUACAGCACCUUUGUCAACAACAACUACGAAAUAGUAAGCGUUCGAGGAUGUUUUGUAUUUUUGAGCUUCCUGUCUCAUGGACCAGCUGCAUUUACGGAAUUACAUGUCUACAAAAACAACAAAUUAGUUUGGACGCAUGAGCUCAUACUCUAUGAAUCAAAAAACUCAGUUCCCACAUUACGACACAUGAUCCCUCUUCCCGACACCAUAUCCAAAUUGAAUCCAAAGGAAUCCCUUUCCAUGAGAGUUAUGUGUUAUACACAGGACCAAGUUCCACAUGUUAUAGAUUUUGCUGUUUAUGCGUUAGCAACAGGUAAUUUAGACAUUCCCAACGAUCGCAUCAUCUUAACAUGGGAUAUUUCUAAGGAUGGAAUGGACGACUUCUUUCAUUACAACACUGAAAAUUUUGAGUUACGUUCUGAAUACACCAAACAAGCUCACGAUACACAAUAUGCAUUCAUUGGCCCAAUUCCAAAUUAUGACAAGAUGGAAGUUAUCGAACAAAACAACGAAUUCUCUGUAUUGCGUUUCACAAGAAAGCAAAACGCACUGUGUGUCAUCGUUCUUGUUCGGCACAAGGAUGCUGUCAUUCUACAAAUGAAAUUGUGUAACGAGCAGCUUGUUCCAAAAUCGCCACCGUCUCUUCAUUGUUACGGAUUAAUAAGAAAGCAUGAAGACGAUCCAACCAAAGACAGAUUGGUUCGUUUCCGGGUUGAUCCUCAACAGAGACGAGUGUUUAUUUCUUGGAGCAAUAAUGUGAAAUUGUUGGAAGAGAUUGAAAUUGGACAAACUUAUGAAAUGGAAGAAAACAGAUUCUUUGUGUCCUCAGUUUUUGUAGACAUUCGAAAAACAAAUGUUUUUGCGAUUGUGGACCGUCGUGGACAAUUACCUCCACACUAUUUCUUUUAUGAUAAUAAGGCAAAUCAGUGGAGUGAUACACAUGCAAUUUUCGGAUCCCCAAAUUCAACAGUUUAA